AUGGAGUCGCCGAAUAGUCCGCUGCAGCCGCUCCCAAGAGCCUCUUUUGUAUGCGAGAACUGCUCCCGCCACGUAGUUGUCGUGCUGGAUAGCAGUUUCCAUUCGUCCAACACAACAUUACAAACAAGCAAGCAGUCAAAGACGGAAGUUUCACUGGCUGCAAAUGCAGAAGAUCCUCUGCCGCUGCAGUUUCACUGUGUAGAUGAAGGGCAAUUCCAUCGAAGUGGAGCCACUACAACGCCUCUUGACGAUGGGGCUGCCACAUGUGCUCCCUUGCAGCGACCGUUGCAGCAUCAACUGCAGCACCAGCUGCAGCCUCCAGUGCCUUCAGCCAACGAAAGCUGUAGAUCCCCAUUGUCUUCUUGUGUUCCAUCUCUCUAUGCCGAUCCAGCGGACACAAGCGGUGCCAGCGUUUCAGUGGACGAGGGUGUAGGAGCGGAUUCAGGGAUGAUGUAUCCUCUCUGUGCUGCGUGUUUAGAUGCGGAUAUAGCUGAAGUUGAGCCAUCAACUGCUCACGAGAAGAGGCUUAUCCGAAAAUAUGAAAGGGCGUUGAGGAGGCUGCAGCGGCUAUCCACUGCGAGAGCCCAAGAGGAAGUUGCAACGGAUGCUGCAACCUCUACGCUGGCACAGUUGCGGCAGCUGGAAGAAGAGGAAAGAAAAUUAGAAGCGGAAAUAUCCGUAAUUGAGGCUUCGACUGCCCAAAAAGAAGCACAAAAGCGCGCAGUCGUCGCCGAGCUCGCGGAGCUGCACAUGUGGCAUGCUGAAUUUUGGCUGCUGUACACAAACCAUUGGCUCCGCAUGAUGCGUCAUGGAGAGGUGAACUGCGAAACCUGCUUUCAUGUUCGUUUUGCUGUGGCCGAGUCUAAUGCCUUCUACGCGAUUUUCAGAGCAUGA